AACAAGUCUUGUGCUGGGCAGUAGGGGUCGAGCCGCGCGAGAUGGCAUCCAAAGAUGUGGAACAGGGAGAUCCUGUGAAGGUGGCUGCCCAGGAUGACUGGACCUCAGUGCUGCUGCUCUCAGGUGCCUGGUCCUGCGCCUUCUCCAUCUUCUCCAGCGCGGUGGCCACGCUGUCUUUGGCGGUCACGAACACGGCACCGGAGGGCCUGGAGACCUUGCCCUUGUCCUUGGCGCUCAUCCUUCAAGGUCUGGCCAAUUUGGUCUUGCCCAGCUUCAAGCGCCGAUUGGGCCUGAAGGGCACCUACAUCUUGGGAGUUUGCUUGGGCAUGGUGGCGUGUGGUUUGUUGGUUCUUGGCUCCUAUCUCCUGGAGUUUAGCAUUCAAUGCAUUGGAGCAGCCUUACUGGGCUACAGUCUGGGCCAUGCUCAGAACUAUCGCUUCGGUGCUGUGUUGUUGAUGCCAUCAAGUCCCGCAAAGGCUGUCAGUGCGGUGCUCUUUGGUGGAGUCCUGGGCUCGUUGGUGGGCCCUGGCGUUCUGCCACAGGCGAAGAACCUCUUGGCAGCCGAGUUUGCUGGAAUUUAUAUGCUUGGUUCAUGCAUCUUCUUAGUGAGCUUGGUGCUUCUGCUCUUGGUGCGCUUUCCAACUUCACACGUAACAAACGGGGCAACUGAUGCAAGUGUCGUGACUCCACCCCGCGGUGUAUUGGAGAUUCUACGGCAGCCGAGCUGCAUUGCUGCCAUUCUAAGCAUGGCUGCAUCCUACAGCAUCAUGCUCCUUUUGAUGGCUCCAACCCCCGUUGUGAUGCAACAGUACUAUAAUCAUGGAUACACGCCAACAACGCUGACCAUGAUGGGCCACAUGUUUUGCAUGUUCGCGCCUUCUCCAAUGACCGGGAAGCUCAUUCCUCGCUUUGGUAGUUUCAAGGUGAUCCAUGCUGGCCUGGUCUUUGCCAUCGGCACCGCCGUGUGUCUUUGGCUUUCCAGUGAGCUUUGGAUCUUCGUGGUAGCCAUGGCGCUCUUGGGCUUCGCAUGGAACUUCAUGUUCUUGGCAGGUACAGUUCUUCUGAACUCCACUCUCAAACCAGCAGAGUCUUCCAAGAUCGUGGCCUUUGCAGAUUGCAUUGUUUUCCUCACUGCUGCUGCCUUCACUGUGUGCUCUAUGCCAGUGGUGUCUGCCAUCGGUUGGCCUGAGACGCAAUAUGCAACCAUGGGCAUGUCUGUCCUGGUGGUGCUGUGCCUCGGGAUUUUGGCUGCGUCGAAGGCGCGUGAGACUUGAGGGGCAGCGUCGAGGGCGUGCAGUGAAGACUCAAUCCCUUUAGAUCUCGGGAAGUUUCGCGCAGGUGAAUCGAUCGAUGCGAACACGUCCUCAAGAUUUGAGGAUGGAAAACACCGGAGGGAUGGACUAAGGUUGGUGCGGUUGACCAUUCUAUUGAGCGGUUGGCCAGCUUAUGAGAACAACUUAUAGAAAAGCUAUGGCACCUACAGUUUUGCAGACAUAACAGUUUUGUCAAACAGGCAGAGAUGGUAAGGAGGAUUCAAUGACCUGACAGUGCCGUGACUUUGACCAUCCCAAGGGAUGCGACGCGCUUUUCCCAAGCCUAUGCUCUUGUAGCUUUCAGGCUUGAUCAAUGUGAGAAAUUUUCUACAUAAGAGCCAAGCAAGGUCCGAUC